AAUCCGAAUGGAGCCGGCGGUGCGGCGGGCGCGGGGCGGGGCCGAGGCGGGCUGGGAGCGGUGGCCGCGCUGCCCUCGCCAUGGGGCCCGGCCCCGCGUGGCGCCUGGCGCUAUGCGCCGCGCUGCUGCUGCUGCUGCCGCCCGCCACGGGCCUCGUCGAGCGGCGCCGCGGGGCCUGCUCCACCUGCCGGGGCAUCGUGGACAGGUUCAACCAGGGAUUAGCAGAUACAGCUAAAAAGAACUUUGGUGGUGGGAACACUGCUUGGGAAGAGAAGACGCUGUCGAAGUAUGAGUCUAGUGAAAUUCGUCUUGUAGAGAUCACAGAGAAUCUGUGUGACAGUAGUAACUUUGAAUGCAACAACAUGGUAGAAGAGCAUGAAGAACAUAUAGAGAAAUGGUGGUUCAAACUAAAGAAGAAGUAUCCCGAUUUGUUUAAGUGGUUUUGCAUAGAAACAAUAGAAGUUUGCUGCCCUGCAGGAACUUAUGGACCAGAUUGCCUUGCUUGUCGUGGUGGAUCGGAAAGACCUUGUCAUGGAAAUGGCCACUGUGAUGGUGAUGGGACCCGAGGCGGAGAUGGCUCAUGUAGCUGUAACAAGGAAUAUGCAGGAGAAUUUUGUUUGGACUGUUCUAGUGGUUACUUCAGUACCAUGAGAAAUGAGACACAUUCUGUUUGUGCAGCCUGCCAUACUGCCUGUAAAACUUGUACUGGUUCAAGUAACAAAGACUGCCAAGACUGUAAAGAAGGCUGGAUUAAAAAUGAAGAAGCGGCUUGUGUGGAUUUAGAUGAGUGUGCUUCUUCUCCUUGUAAAGAUCACCAGUAUUGUUUGAAUACAGAUGGAUCUUUCUCUUGCAAAGCAUGUGAUGCCAGCUGUGUAGGUUGCACAGGGGAAGGUCCUGACAAGUGUAAGACCUGUGCGUCUGGCUACAUAAAGGAAGAUGAAAAGUGUACAGAUAUUGAUGAAUGUAACCUUCCUGAAAAGGUCUGCCUGAAAGAAAAUCAAGACUGUGUUAAUACUUCAGGUAGUUACAAGUGUGUAUGUUCAGAAGGGUUUGAAGAUAAAGAUGGAACAUGUGUCCAAACUGUAAAAACAGGAGAGGAAGUAGAGAGUGAAACAACUAAGCCUUCACCUACUGGACAUGAUGACUUAUGAUAUGCAUUUGAAACCAAAAGACAUUCCUAUCAAAAGUUUUAAAUUAUUGGACUAAGCCUCUGAUAGCUGACAUACUGUGGAAAUGGAGGAGAUACCCAGGUUUCCAUUAAGAUUUUUUUUUUUAAAUGGUGAUAAACUGCUCUUUAAGCUGCAUUUCUUUAUUCUUAAAUGCCACUUUUUAUAUAAUUCUUCUAGAACAAAGCUCUAGAUGGGUUAGUAUAAAAUUUGAAUUAACAUAACAUUGUACCCAGAAAUUGUAAACAACUUGCAGGUUUCUCAUUCUAGUGCCUGCCGACAACUGUGAUCAUUUGGAAGGACAUAGUUACACUUCAUAAUUCAAGAAAAAUUCAGACUGAAGUUCGGCAAUUCUUGACAUGAGAAGUAUUUCAAUAUUUCUGUAACUGAAAUAAAGCUUUUAGAAAUUGUCACUCCCUUAAACAAAAUAGAAUGCCUAAUGCUGUAUUCAAUAAAAGUUUAUUUUGUUGGAA